AGAGAGAAUCUGAGAUCGAUUCGCUUUAAAGGGUAGUAUCCGGUUCCUCACUCGGAGCUCCGGAUCACUCAGAUCUGUUGAAAGUUUCGGAAUUGAGAAUCGAAUCACGAGAUGUCGAAGCCUUGGGGUGGAAACGGCGCUAGUUGGGCCGAUGAGGCUGAACGCGCCGACGAAGAGCAGAGCUUCCCGAGUUUGAAGGAGGCUGCGAGUUCUACCAAGUCUAAGAAGAAAAAGAAGAUGACUUUAUCAGAGUUCACCAAGGGAGCUGGAAGCGGUUCUGUUGGGUUGACGAGGGAGCAGAUGAUUCAGCUUCCCACUGGUCCGAGGCAACGCUCCGAGGACGAAAUGCAGCGUGGUGGUGGUGGUAUUGGCGGUGGGUUCUCUUCUUACGGUGGAGGAAGGUCUGGUGGAAUGUCGAGAGGUGGAGAUGAUUCUAAUGGGUCUUGGGGUGGUGGUGGUGGGAGGAGAGGUUAUGGUGGGUUUGAGGAUGAUCAGAGAGGCUCCUCUAGAGUUUCAGAGUUCCCACAAGUGUCUAGAGCUGAUGAGGUUGAUGAUUGGGGGAAAGGGAAGAAGUCGGUUGCGACGUUUGAUCAGGGACGUCAAGGUCGUUUUGGUGGUCUUGGAGGAAGCGGUGGUGGCGGCAGUUAUGGAGGUGGAGGUGGCUUGUCUAAAGCUGAUGAGGUUGAUAAUUGGGGAGCAGGUAAAAGCCAUUCGUCUCUCACAAAGUCAUCUACAUUUGGGUCAGGUUCAGAGCCUGACCGUUGGGCAAGAGGAGUCUCUUCAGGUGGUGUUCAAGAAGAGCGUCGUCGUCUUGUUCUUGAACCACGAAAGGUUGUUGUUGGUGAUAGUGGAGUGAGUGAGAGCCAAACCGAUGCGAAGGCGAGUAAGCCGAGUCCAUUCGGAGCAGCUAGACCGAGAGAGCAAGUUCUUGCGGAGAAAGGAUUGGACUGGAAGAAACUCGACUCUGAUAUUGAGGCUAAGAAGGGAAGCUCUCAAACGAGCGCACACUCAAGCAGGCCAUCAAGUUCUCAGUCUAAUAGGUCCGAGAGUUUAGCAUCGAACAACAAUGUGGAGAAACCGAGAGUACCAAAGGUGAAUCCUUUUGGAGAUGCAAAGCCUAGGGAAGUGUUGUUGGAGGAGCAAGGGAAAGAUUGGCGCAAGAUGGAUUCUGAACUCGAGCAUCGCAGUGUUGACAGGCCUGGGACAGAAGAGGAGAGACUGUUGAAGGAAGAGAUCGAAGAGCUACGGAAGAAGCUCGAGAAGGGAGCAGACAUUGCACCAGAGAGCAAGGAAACUCAACAAGAAUCAGACAGUGAUAACCAUAAUCUACUACGCGAGAAAGAGAAAGACCUGGAGUUGCUAAUCCGUGAGCUGGACGACAAAGUAAGGUUCAGGCCAAAAGCAGCUGAGAGGCCUGGAUCCGGGGCAGGCAGAACAGGUAGUAACUAUGGUGAAAGACCACAUUCCCGGGGUGGAUCAAUUGAUGAGUCUAGGAGUGUGGAAUCAUCCAUGGAGAGGCCUAGAUCGCGUGGCACAGGUGGUGGUGAUGAUAGAAGAAACUUUCAAGGAAGCAAGGAACGUGGAUUCUUCAGCAACAGGAACUUCGACAGGUCAUCGACGUCGAGGAAUGGAUGGUAAAAGAAGGAGAAUGGAGUUUUUGGUUGCAGACCGUUCCCAGGUUUUGAACAUGACAGGGAAGAGAAGGUUCAAUAAUAUUAAUAAAAAGAAAAUUUUUAACUCCUUUGAGAAACCUAAUUUUGGAGGUUUUUUUGUAUUUGAUUCAUCUUCUGAAAUCGAAGCCUAAUGGUUUCGUUCUUCUAAUUUCUGUAUUUGUUUGGUUGUUGGCUCUUCAAACGGCAGAGCGCGAGAUUUGUGACAAUUAAUAUUUCUUUCUUAAUUUUGGAGACAGAGACUGUGUGUUCGGUUC